UGGCGGGUGGCCUACCUUGGCAUCAUGACGCGUAAUUCCAGGCGUGUGUCACGUAGAGCUUGGGACAGGUAGCUUGUGGCCAACAUCAUUGCUUUGGCAAGCCUCCACCAGUUCGCACUCCAUGCUGCGCGACAACAACGUGUAAUUGUAGUGAUUGUUCUUGCACAAGUUGUAUAUCAUCAUUCGCCUGCAGUCGACGCACGUCCAUCCGUCUCCGCGGCCACCUCGUGGCUGUGCUGAAGGCAACGUAUCGCAGCAACACUCUGCGCGUAUCCCCACCUGUCCGCCACCACAAACUACAAACCCCGAUGCGGAGACUCGACAUAUCAGCAUCUGGCGCAGUCCUAGCAUCAUUGUUAGCGCUUGCGCCAACACCGGUCGCCGGAUUCUACUUCCCAGGAACUGCGCCAACGUCCUACAAAGAAGGAGACACAGUACCGCUGUUCGUCAACCGCCUAACACCCGCCGACUCGCAAAACGACCCCAAACUACGAUCUGUGUUCUCGUUCGAUUACUAUCACGAGCCUUUCCACUUUUGUCGACCAAAAGAUGGACCGAAAUUCGUCAGGGAGAGCUUGGGCAGCAUAUUGUUCGGUGACCGCAUACAAGACAGCCCGUUUGAGCUCAAGAUGGGGAUAAAUGAGACGUGCAAGGCGCUGUGUGGGCCGCAGGAGUACGAUUCGAAAGACGCCGUAUUCGUGAACAAUAAGAUCAAGCAAGGGUAUGAUUUGAAUUGGCUGAUAGACGGGUUGCCGGCUGCGCAGUUAUUGAAAGACCCCAACUCCGACCUGCCCUUCUACAGUCCUGGUUUUGCGCUUGGACUGCUGGAUGGAGAGAACCCGAUCUUCAACAACCACUACGAUAUCGUUAUCGACUACCACGAGGCAGGACCGAACAACUUCCGGGUCGUAGGUGUGCUGGUGGACCCUUACUCAAUGAAGGACCCAAAACAAUCCGAAUGCCAGAGCGCGCAGACUCCAAUCAUCCUGAAUGAGGACAAGGGCGAUAAGGUCGAUUUCACCUACAGUGUUUACUGGCGCCUUAGCCCGACACCGUUUGCGACACGCUGGGACAAGUACCUCCACGUCUAUGACCCGAAGAUUCAUUGGUUCUCUCUAAUCAAUUCCGCUGUCAUUGUUGUGUUCCUCGUCGGCAUGGUCAGCACGAUCCUGGUUCGCACGCUCAGGAAGGAUAUCGCAAGGUACAACCGUCUGGAUCAAUUUGCUCUUGACGACUUCGGUCUGGACAAUGACGUGGAGGACGGUGUAGCAGAAGACUCAGGGUGGAAGCUGGUUCAUGGCGAUGUCUUCAGACCACCAAAGAACCCUUUGUUCCUGUCAGUCUUACUCGGCAACGGAGCCCAGCUUUUCGCCAUGACAGCGCUGACCAUUGUGUUCGCUCUGCUCGGGUUCCUGUCUCCCAGCAACCGUGGCGCUCUCGGAACCGUUAUCAUCAUCUUCUAUACUCUCUUCGGCAUCAUUGGCGGCUACGUCUCCUCGCGAACUUACAAGUUCUUCCAUGGCGAGAAGUGGAAGCUGUGCUUCUUCUACACACCAUUCGCCCUCCCGGUUGUAGUCUUCGCAACAUUCUUCCUGCUCAAUCUCUUCGUCUGGGGCCGUGGCGCGUCGGGCGCUGUUCCUUUUACUACGAUGCUCGUCAUUGUAGUGAUCUGGUUCGUCAUCUCGGUUCCUCUCAGCUUCGCGGGAUCUUGGCUAGGUUUCAAGCAAGCUGCUAUUGAGCCACCCGUCCGCACAAACCAGAUCCCCCGUCAGAUCCCUCCUUCCGGCGGCUAUCUACGACCGAUUCCCUCAAUGGCACUUGCGGGUAUCCUUCCCUUUGGCGCCAUCUUUGUUGAGCUCUACUUCAUCAUGAACUCCAUUUGGUUUAGCAAAGUUUACUAUAUGUUUGGUUUCCUGUUCAUCUGUUUUGGACUCAUGAUCAUUACGUCCGCUGCGGUUACGGUGUUGAUGAUCUACUUCCUGUUAUGUGCCGAGAACUAUCAUUGGCAGUGGCGCAGCUUCUUCACUGCAGGAGCGAGCGCGUUCUAUGUCUUUGCCAGCUGUUUACUCUACUGGGUCAAAGAUGUCAGCUUCUUGAGCUGGACGAGCGGAGUUGUGUAUCUGGGCUACUCGGCGCUACUGAGCUUGUUGGUGUUUGUGCUGACUGGUACGAUUGGCUUCUUCGCCAGCUGGCUCUUCACGCUCAGGAUUUACCGGUCGAUCAAGGUCGACUAAGUAGCGCCGUUAACGAACACGGGAUACGUGGAAGGCGAGGACAAUGACUGUCAUUGUCGAUGUACUGGCUAGUGCUGUCGAUGCUACUUGGGGGGUCCUCACAACUGGAUGCAAACACCAACAUUAUUGCUCUGUUGCACAAAUUUGGGUCUUGCAGAUGAGGUAGGGACCAUACAGUUGUGUGAGGGGGCGUUAAACAUGGUCCCAGCUGUAGUGUGGAGGCUUCCGAGGCUUGGCUUUGUUUAUGUGGCCAUCGCUUGCGCCUGUCUGGAAGUAUUCAGUCAUUGUCGAUCUUAUUUCUUGAACCCGACAUCUUGAUAUGUUGUCUAUAGAUACUCCAUGUUGUAUAGUUAGACACGCGUGGCGUCAGGCGUAGCCUUUCGAACCCUCAAACAGCGUCAAGCUUGAAUCUGCAUACU